AGCUCAGUUGAGUUUUGAGCUGUCUUUGAGAAGGUUGUCUAUAAUCAGCACAACAAUAUAUAACAUUAAUACGUAUUGUUUGAAAGAAUAGAAAUGAAUAUAUUUAUUGCGUUAAUCUUUUUGCUGGCGGCUGCCCGAACGGGCUACGGAGCGAGCUUAAACUUGAAUCAAUUGCUGCCCGAGGUGCAUAACGAUAGAUUCUAUUACUUUGCCUUUGGAAGUAACAUGUUGGCGCAACGGAUUCACAUUCAAAACCCCACUGCUGAAAUCGUGGGUCCUGUUACGCUUGAGAAUUACCGCUUGGAUUUUGCAACGUUGCCCUUUGACAGGUGGGAUGGGGCUGUGGCUACCAUUGUGCCGAUGAAUGGUGCUAUUCUUUGGGGCACGCUCUGGGAAAUAGAUAUGAUUAACUUGGCGGACAUAGACAACCAGGAAGGUGUUCACCUGCAACUUUACAGACCCAUCACCGUGCAUGUUAAGCUGCACGGCAAUGAUACGGACACUGAGAUUACCGCGAGGGCUUAUGUACUAGUGCAUCAGCCUGAGAACAAUGUGCAUGCCUUUGCGCCAAAUAUGGUGCCCGACGAUCGACAGCCCUCUAAAACGUAUCUACAGGUACUUGUCAAAGGUGCCAUUGAAAGCGGCAUUCCGGAGAGUUAUGUCAAAUUUUUGAGGAGCAUUAAACACAAUGGAAAAACGGUUAAAAAGCUGGAGCAGGCUCUUCAGGUGCAAUCCGUGGACUUGUAAAUAAAAACAUGCCAAAUUAAAAAACAAAUUUGAAAAGAG